UUUUUUUCUAGAUGACAUUCAAAAUCACAAUUUAACGCUUAUAUAAGUACUACAUUUGUGCAGUUUCAGAUGAAUUCUCCGAACAACCUAUAAAUAUGUGGGACUGUUCGAGUUGCGGAACACGUCGUCUGGUCAACUUGCUCGUCUUUACCRUUUUGAUUAGUUUGUCCGAGGCUUGGCAACAGAAUCUACCGCCAAAGAACAGUGUCAGAUAUGGCGCAUUCAAUUCCGACCAAAUAUUUCACGGCAACAGGACCGCCACAGACUACUUCAAAAUACUCCUCCAAGAUCAGACGACGGCACUAAUAGGAUCCAGAAAUGUACUUUACAACAUCAGUUUGGACACCAUGAAGGAAAAUCACAGGUACUAUUGGAAUUCUUCAGAAGCGAAUUAUGAAAUGUGUCAGUUGAAGGGCAAAUCGGAGGACGAUUGCCAAAACUACAUAAGAGUUGCRUACAAAAAGAACGACGAAGAACUGUUUGUGUGUGGAACCAAUGCUUUUCAUCCUAUGUGCAAAAUAUUCAAUUUGACCGAUGGCACCAAAGGUGCAGAAGAAAUGGACGGACGGGGUAGAUGUCCGUACGACCCGUUGCACAACAGCACGUCCAUUUACGCCGGCGACCAAUUGUACUCGGGAACCGUGGCCGACUUUUCCGGAAGCGAYCCACUCGUAUACAAAGAACCGAUGCGGACUGAACGACUAGACUUCAAACAACUGAACGAUCCGAAUUUCGUGAGUUCGUUGGAAUAUAAAGAUUACAUAUUUUUCUUCUUCAGAGAAAUCGCCGUCGAAUACAUAAACUGCGGAAAAACUAUUUAUUCGCGAGUGGCCCGAGUCUGCAAACACGAUAAAGGUGGUCCGCAUUCGUAUAGGGAUCGAUGGACAUCGUUCCUGAAAGCUCGGCUCAACUGUUCCAUCCCCGGCGAAUAUCCGUUUUAUUUUGACGAGAUCCAGGAUACCAGUGACAUAUUGAAUACGGCUCUGACCGGCAUCGUCGACCCGAUCGUCUACGGUGUGUUCAACACACCCGUGAACGCCAUCAGUGGCUCGGCUGUGUGCAUGUUCAAUAUUAGYGAUGUCAUCGAGACUUUCAUGGGUUCAUUCAAAGACCAGGAAGCUAUGGACUCCAACUGGUUGCCAGUGAAAAAGAUCCCCGAACCCCGACCAGGGACAUGCGUAGAUGACAGUCGGACAUUGCCGGACAUAACAGUGAAUUUCAUCAAGAGCCAUUCGCUGAUGGACGGUGCGGUACCGUCGUUGUUCUCCAAACCGAUUUUCACUCGGAUAUCACUACAGUCUAGAUUGACCAGCAUCGCGGUGGACAAUCAGAUUUCCGGCCUGAAAGGACAGUACUACGACAUUCUGUUUAUGGGAACUGACGACGGGAGGUUGGUCAAAGGCGCAUUGCACACCAACAACGGUUUGCCUGAAUUCAUCAACAUCGAAGAAGUUAAUCUCACCUCUAACAACACGAAGUCGCUUCCGGUCCGGACAUUGAACAUCAUCAAGUCAGUCGAUGGCAAGCCCGGGCGUAUAGUGGUCACAUUCGAUCAACACAUCAUCUCUGUGCCACUGGACCGGUGCUAUCUGAAGACGACUUGCCAAGAAUGUAUUGACCUACAAGAUCCAUACUGCGCGUGGGACGGGUCGCAUUGUGUUAACCAUUUGGAAAUCAAGAGUAUGUCCAAACAGUAUUUCGUUCAGUCCAUUGGAUCGUCUCAGUACAAUGUUUGCCCUAAAGUGCCUUUCGAUGACAAUAUCGUACAUUCUUCGUCAUUAGACGAUAACAACAUCGACUCGAACGUGCCUAGGUGUCCGUCGUGCGCGCCCUGCUACACCGAGAACGUAAUCAACAGCGACAGCGUCAGCGACAAGGUGACCGAAAUGCCCGUAAUCUCGCUGGGCGAUGUCAUCGGGCUGCUGAUGAUGAUGUGCGUGCUGGCCACGCUGCUCGUCGGGUUCGCUGCCGGUUUCGUGUGCUCGCGGUACUUUCGGCACGCCGCCGAUCCGUUUUCGUCGAUGGCCGUUCACGCCCAUCACCAGCUUAACCGACUGGCCGAUAUGAACGGGGCAGCGGAGAUCGGCACCGCGCCGUUCCUGCCAUGUCCCAACAACAAAGCGCCAAUCAACCUGCUGGUGAACGUGACCAAGUGCAAGAACGAUACGCUCGAGAAGAACUUGGACUCGGCGGUCGAAAACAAGACCCUGCAAAAGGUYAAGAAAACGUACAUAUAAUAAGCGUGCGUACGGCGGACGGACGAGACGGCCACGACCGCCGCUUCCGGUUCCGUUUUGCCGGCGGACCGGAUUUGGCCCGAUGGCGAAAUACAGUGACUGAUUUCAACGACUUGUGCGCAAUGUGUGCGUACAGCGUACAAUAUUAUGUUGUUAUUAUUAUUAUUAUUAUUAUUAUCAUCAUCAUCAUUUUCGGUACGGUCGGACAAGGUGAAUAAAAGAUCUCAAACUUAAUCAAAACGGCAGUUAAAUAAUAUAAUAUAUAAAUAACCAUGUUUGUAUGAUAUUAUACUGUGCUUAUAUUAUAAUAUGCUUAUGGAGCAGCAAUUCGCAUAGACUCUUUCGCCGGGUACCUAAGUCAACCAACGUCCAUUACCGUUUACGAAUGUUGUCAGCAAAAUCAUCUAACGUGAUAUGACUCAUUCCUUAUGAUUAUUAAAUGAGCUUAUUAUUGACAAUUAUUAUUAUUAGUAUUAGUAGAUAUAACGUAUUUUAUAUUAUAUAUGGUACGAUACACUUCGGACGCGUUAUAAUCCGCAACACGUUUUUAUCGUGCGUUGUUAAAACUUAAAUGUUACACACGCAGAUAUAUAAUAUAUUGAUUUUAUGUUGUAAUAUUAUUACUAUUGUUAUUAUUAUUGUGAUAACUACUACAAUAUUAUUAUCGAGUGACUCGAACAAAUUUCGAGUGAAGGGUAAUUCGCGUUGACGCCAGCAAAUGCCGUAUUUGCCAGUGAACUUUGAAAUUGAAGAGGACCAAAUUUUCCUAAGGACUUGUAAAUUAUUUUAUAUACUAUACAUAUAUAUAUAUAUAAGAUUCAAUGUAAAUUAUACUUUAUGUAUUAGC